UACCUUAAGUCAUUUAUAUACAUGAACAUUAUACAGCCAUCAAGAAACCAACGAAUACCAGCAACAUUGAAGCUGUAGAAAAGUCUCUACAGAUUCAACGUGAAAAGAGUCAUGUCUUCGUGAAGGAGCCAGUCACCAGCCGCUCCGGACUUGGAAGGCAUAUAAACACGCUGAUCCCCCGCCAUUUACGCACCCUCUCUCUCUUCCUCUCCUCCCCAUCUCUUCCAUCUUUUCACAAAGAACCAUCUGCAUCUACAAACCAAAACCAAACAACCAAAUAACAGACAGUAACAACAAUGCCCGACGGAAAGGGAUACUCUUACAACAGCUCCGGCACCAACAGCCAGGGUAACCACUACUGCUCGCGUGACUACGGCAACGGGUCGAACUCGUACCACUACUCGAACAGCAAUGGGUCUUAUUACUACUCCAACCCUAAUGGGAGCACCUACUACAAUAACGGAAAUGGUGGCUCGACCUACACUCCUCCUAGUGGCAGUGGCGGGCAGAAAUGAAGGUGUGCACUGAUGGGUCUUCUUACGUCUCUGGAUCUAGCUUCUGGAGGCGUUCUUAACAGGUUUAUCAUGCUUGUUUCGCUAGUCUAUCUAGUGAACGAAUGACUUUUCAUUAAACCUAGGUAUUGACUGUUUGAUAAGGGCCAUACAUGUCAGCCUCAGUAAGAUCACCAAAUAGGAUUGGCCCUUGUGGGAAAAUCCUUCCGUCCAUAUUCCGCCCCA